UUCUAUUUUUUUUUUUUACGUCUUUCGAAUGCAGAUCAUUCCGUUGGAAUUGUCGACGGCGCCGCAGCUGACGCUGGGGGAGUGGAUUUUGAUAUCCUACACGAUUGCCGUCUUCUUCUUUGACCUUCUCAUGGUGGGGUAUAUUCUGUACCAUCGCGAGUACAAGCCGCUCAAAGCCAAGCAGCUCGAUCUCGUUAUUCUGUCUCUGAUUGCUGGAUGGUUUUACAUGCUGGGCACUUUGCAAGCAAGAUGGGUCCUUCCACACUCGGGUGUCUUUAGCAAUUGCGCAUUCUGGGGCAUUGCUGCGCAGUUGAUGCUCGGUGGCUACUUGUGGAUUGUGGCCGUGCUGUUCCGGCUGUAUCGCCUCAACUACAUUCUGCUCAACCCUCAGAUUCGGAAAAAGGCCCGCCACCCCGCGUGGAUGUAUCUUCGUCUGUUUCUGUUCUGGGUCCCUGGCAUUCUGCUGUGCUUGAUUGCAAUUGGCACUGGAGGUGUUUCGCACGACUCGCUACCCAAGGACGACGGCACCUUCACCGGCGACAUGUGCCACAGUAACAAGGACUGGACCAAAGGCUUCCUCGGGCUUGCACUCGUGUACUUUUUGGUGAUGCUCUACUACGCAUUCCGGCUACGCAACAUCCGGCUCUCCUUCAACGAGUUUGCGUACACAAAGUACCUUGGCGUAGUGGUUCUUGUGGCGUUUUCCGUGUACGGUAUCGUCUUGAUGCUGGACUACGACUACUACCUCUGGGGCCGGAUUGUCAUUGGUUAUAUUGUCCUAUUGUGUACGCAAGCGUUCUUUUGCUUCCAAAUCGGCAGUCCUGUUUGGGGCUGCAUGUUUGACCGGGAAAACUAUGCACACCAAUUCCGGAUGAACAUGUCCAAGGACGCGACACCGUCGGCUCGCAAGCAGCAGCAGUCCUCGUCCAAGCAGCAUAGUUCGCAAGGGCAGUCGCACCACGGCACGGAAAAUGAAAAGCGAGACUCAAUUGUGGAAAUGCACGAUAUUCGGACAAGCCAAACAAGCGACUCUGUUCAGGUCGAGCUGGAAGCAGAAUAAUGCUUGCGUCCGCUCUCAUACCAUACCAAUGCAUGGUAUUGUGCAUGUUGUCUAUCAACCAAGUAGAUCUAGAUGUUUUUUUCUUUUGCUUUCGUGUUCCCGCUUCUGUUUAGAUGAGAAAAUGCGUUUCAAAUAACCUUGUCGUGCAAAACGAAAGCCAAUGUUGUUUAAUAAGGUGGCAAG